GAUAUUACUCAUUUCCUCAGCCCUUUGCACACACAAGCACACGCACACACACUCUCUUGACACACACAUGCUCACAGGCACAACAGACACGGAGACGGAUAGCAGACUCUCAGUUUUUUCCUUCAGUUUGGUGGGCUCGCUGGUGUUAUUUCACUCGUUCAGAGAUCAGAGGCAGGGCGUAGCUGCAGGCUGCUGAUAUCUGCGGGUGUUAGAGCCCAUGGCGGUGCUGUGAAGGAAGCACCGUGGCACAGUAAGGAGCUGGGAGGUGGGCUGACCCCCCUGGGAGGACUAGAAUAUGAAUGAGUACCAGCUCUGGGACAUCUCCUCACCCCGGUACCAAGGUGAGUGGUGCUUCAGUGCAAAAGCAGCAACAGCGAUCCAACAGUGAUGCUGUGUACCGGCCUUCCCUUCUGUGUGCACCCCUCGUUUUCCCGUGAGGCCCAUGUGACCUAACCUACACUAACACACAGGGGGCCCCCACUGCUGCUGGAGCCCACCCAUGAAUCCAAGCCCUGACCGCAGCAAAGAGCGCCUCCCUCCCAAAAAGAGGGAGUCUCGGCAAGGGUCUGCAGAACACCACGUCCCUCUGGAUGAGUUUAAACCGCCUGUGCCAUUUCGGAGUCGGCAUACUGCCAGUAGAGGGGAGGGAGGCAGGGAACACAGUGACCGGGACAGAGUUCUCGCUAACCCAAACUCCCAUCUCCUAAACAGUCCUCCAGCCCUUCCUACUCCAGCAUCAGGUCUCCAUGUGCCAUUACCAUGGUCGCUGAACUACUCUUCACCUGUUUCUCUUCCACAUUUUCCAAGCCAGGUCAGCGACAGAAGGAGCUCAGUGUCUCCUGCCUGGAGAGAUGAUCCCCUCACCUCAACCCUACCCCAUCACUCUAGGUGGCUCAGAGGGGAGGGACCACUAUCAUUGCCCCCCUCCCCAUCUUCUUCCUCAUUUAAGACUCCAUUUCCAGCAAGUACAAGAGAAAUGUGGUCCUACCUUAACACCGGUCGCCGGGAUUAUAGCUCUCUCUUUUCUCCUUCCUACUUGUUUAGCCCUCACUCUUUGUAUCCCCAAGACCCCAGCUUAGUUGAUGUAAGACCUAGAUACAAAAGGCCUAAUGGCUUAGAUGGGUCAGGCAGCAGGACUGCCUCAGUUUCCAGACCUCUCCUCACUGGAGAGUAUGGGAAUGACAGCAGCAGAUCUAGGCUUGAUGUAAGUCAAUAUACUUUGCAUGCCAAUGGUGUACGUAGACAGCAGGAGGACCUGAUCUCCCCUGUCCAUUCUGCAGGGGCAUUUUUGUCAGAUUCUCAACCUCAAAUAAGCCCUGAACCACAUUCCUCACUGCAGGAAACAAAUCAGUCUGGGAAGACCAGCUCCACUUCCCUCCCCACUAGUCCACAUACCCUUGGACCAGAUGCAAGGGCUGGCAGAGGUGGACUUCUGGAUCAUGGGGGGGCUACACCAUCUGAGGCCCAAUAUUACCCCUUUGGAUCAGUCACCCAUCCCAGCCCUCACCCCCAGGCCUAUCCUCUCUCCAGCUCCUCAGGAACACUUUCAUACAGUCUGCAUAGGGAGCCAGGUCCAAGGCAGCACACACUAAGGAAUUCACCACACUCACCCCUUAGUCUGCCUAACAGUCAUGACAGGUCACAAAGAGAGUGGGAUAGAGACCUAGAAAGAGACAAAGUCCUCCAGAGGGACAGGGAAAAAGGUAAAGUAAAAGAUAAGCAAUUACAUCAUGACAAAGACCAAGAAAGAGAGAGUGAGCGUGAGAGACGACGCAACAGAGAGAGAGGGAGAGAUUUUUCUCCUUCCAAUCCUCAGACAUCAUCCCCAGCCCUGCGCCCAUCUCCCCCUGCACUCCUACCUCAUUUCACCAAGGGGUCUCUGAUUGAGCUGGCCAGCGGGCGGUUGAAACGAGUGGAGGAGCUGAGGACAGAAGACUUUCUGAGGAGUGCAGAUACAUCCCCUGAGUUCCACCUCAGCACCUGCACUGUUCUGGUGAUUUCCCCAAGCAGUACACAGGGUUUCAGUCACCUGCAGGUUCACCUUACAGAUCGCAACUCUCAGGAGUUACUGCAGGUCUUGGUGGAGUACCCGUUCUUUGUGCAAGACCUGGGCUGGUCUUCCUGCUCUCCUCAGAGAACUACACAGCUGUAUGGCCUGCCCUGCCGUCAGCUUAGUGAGGGUGAUGUUUGCCUAGCCCUAACCCCAAUGCCCACACAAACUCAGCGGACACCCAGCCGCACCAGCUCUAGGGCUCAUCGCACGCAACUGCUCCCCAGAGCUCCAGCAGAUUCAAGCAGCUCGCAAAGGGAGGAGAUGCCACCACCACCUCCACCCCCUCCACUUCCUUCCCAGCCACCCCUUUUAACACCAGGCCCUUCUUGCAAACUGGCUACAGAUACUCCCGCAAAGGAGCAGCAACGGCCUCGUAAACGGCGCUGGUCUGCACCAGACACACUUCCCUCAACCAGAACUGAUAAAAGCCUCCUGGAUUUACCUCAUGGCUCCAAGCUAAUGAAGUGGCAGUAGAAACUUGCACAUGCAUACUUACACAAACAUGAGCACACACACACCCUCCUUGUCUCUGUUGAUCCUACCAAGACAAACAAUGGAGAGACCUCAAGGUAGGGUUGCAGGGAAGAUAUACACAACAAUAGAAGACACAAAUGACAAGUGAUAUGUCUAAUUCAUAAAGACGUAGCCCCUGCUGACCCUUUACUUUCCUUUCCUAUUCUUUCUUUUCCUUGACUUUUCCCCUUUCCUUUCCUGUCCUCUCCUAUCCUACCCUUUAUUUUCU